CCGGCAGCCUCACACCGGGGCCGGGGCUGCCCGGAGCGCUCGGCCCGAGCUGCCCAGCCCUGCCCGGCCCUGCCCGGCCCUGCCGUGCCCCCCAAAAGUUGUGCGGAGCGCCGAGGAUGGGAGCGCAUCUGCAGCCGCUGGCCCUGCGGCUCCUGGCGCUCACUUUCCCCUUGGUGGCCAAGGGUUUUCCCGACGAAACCCUGGAGAAAGCCGCCAAGUCCGAGGGAUAUUGCAGCCGGAUCCUGCGAGCUCAAGGCACCCGGAGGGAAGGGUACAAUGAAUUCAGCCUCAGGGUGGAGGGCGAUCCGGAAUUUUACAAGCCUGGGAACAGUUACCGGGUGACGCUGUCUGCUGCCACUCCCGCCUACUUCCGAGGCUUCACCUUGAUCGCCCUCAAGGAGGGGAAAGAAGGGGACAAAGAGGAAGACCAUGCGGGAUCGUUCCAGAUCAUAGAUGAAGAGGAAACCCAGUUCAUGAGCAAUUGUCCCGUGGCUGUGACUGAGAGCACACCCAGGAGGAGGACACGCAUCCAGGUGUUUUGGACAGCUCCUCCCGCUGGGACAGGCUGUGUCAUCCUGAAAGCCAGUAUUGUGCAGAAGCGCAUAAUUUAUUUUCAAGAUGAGGGCUCUCUCACCAAAAAAAUCUGUGAACAAGACUCAGCCUCGGAAGGUGUGACUGACAAACCCAUUUUAGACUGCUGUGCCUGCGGUACUGCCAAGUACAGGCUGACAUUUUAUGGAAACUGGUCGGAAAAAACACAUCCCAAAGAUUUCCCACGACGCACCAACCACUGGUCUGCCAUCAUUGGCAGCUCCCACUCCAAGAACUACAUCCUGUGGGAGUACGGGGGAUACGCCAGCGAAGGGGUCAAGCAAGUGGCAGAGCUGGGCUCCCCAGUGAAGAUGGAAGAAGAAAUUCGACAGCAGAGUGAUGAGGUUCUGACAGUCAUCAAGGCCAAGGCACAGUGGCCAGCCUGGCAGCCUCUGAAUGUGAGAGCUGCUCCCUCUGCUGAGUUCUCCGUGGAUCGCCACCGGCACCUGAUGUCCUUCCUGACCAUGCUGGGCCCCAGCCCCGACUGGAACGUGGGGCUCUCUGCCGAGGAUCUCUGCACCAAGGACUGCGGCUGGGUCCAGAAGGUCGUGCAGGAUUUGAUCCCUUGGGAUGCCGGCACCGACAGCGGCGUCACCUACGAGUCUCCUAACAAACCUACAGUGCCUCAGGAGAAGAUCAGACCUCUUACAAGCCUAGAUCAUCCUCAAAGCCCAUUUUAUGAUCCAGAAGGAGGAUCUAUCAAGCUGGUGGCCAGAGUUGUCAUCGAGAGAAUCGCACGAAAGGGGGAGCAGUGCAAUAUCGUUCCUGAUAACAUAGAUGAUAUUGUGGCAGAUCUAGCACCAGAAGAAAAAGAAGAAGAUGACACCCCUGAGACUUGCAUAUACUCAAACUGGUCCCCAUGGUCAGCCUGCAGCUCCUCUACCUGUGAAAAGGGCAAGAGGAUGAGGCAGAGGAUGCUCAAAGCUCAGCUGGACCUCAGCGUGCCCUGCCCAGACACCCAGGACUUCCAGCCCUGCAUGGGCCCAGGCUGCAGCGAUGAAGAUGGCUCCACCUGCAUGAUGUCUGACUGGAUCACCUGGUCCCCCUGCAGCGUCUCCUGCGGGAUGGGGACGAGGUCCCGGGAGAGAUACGUCAAGCAGUUCCCUGAGGAUGGCUCCAUGUGCAAAGUGCCCACUGAGGAGACUGAGAAGUGUAUUGUAAAUGAGGAAUGCUCUCCCAGCAGCUGCCUGGUCACAGAGUGGGGUGAGUGGGACGAGUGCAGCGCCAGCUGUGGCACAGGCAUGAAGAGAAGGCACAGGAUGAUCAAGAUGACUCCUGCUGAUGGAUCCAUGUGCAAGGCAGAAACCACGGAGGCAGAGAAGUGCAUGAUGCCCGAGUGCCAUACCAUCCCGUGCCUGCUGUCUCCCUGGUCUGAGUGGAGUGACUGCAGCGUAACCUGUGGGAAGGGAAUGAGAACCAGGCAGAGGAUGCUGAAAUCUGCUGCUGAGCUGGGAGACUGCAACGAGGAGCUGGAGCAAGCAGAGAAAUGCAUGCUGCCAGAAUGCCCCAUCCACUGCGAGCUGACGGAGUGGUCCCAGUGGUCGGAGUGCAACACCUCCUGUGGCAAGGGCCACAUGAUCAGGACGAGGAUGAUUAAAAUAGAGCCGCAGUUUGGGGGAGCAGCCUGCCCCGAGACCGUGCAGCGCAGCAAGUGCAGGGUGAGGAAGUGCCUGAGGGGAGCAGGGAUGGAGAAAAGGCGCUGGAAGGAGGCUCGGGAGAAAAGGAGAAGCGAACAAGCCAAGAAGAGUUUAGAUAGUGAACAAUAUCCAGUUUGUAGGAUGAAACCAUGGACUGCUUGGACAGAGUGUUCUACGCUCUGUGGAGGUGGAAUUCAGGAGCGCUACAUGAUGGUAAAGAAGAGGUCCAAAAGCACUCAGUUUACCAGCUGCAAGGACAAAAAGGAGCUAAGAGCAUGUAAUGUCCAUCCUUGUUAACAAAACACAAGGUUCCAAGUGAUGCACUCUGAGCUAAAUGGAAAGUCAACCUUGGUUUGUUUUUUUUUAGAACAACAACAACAACAAAAUAUAAAGUGUAUAUUAGUUUUCAUUUUUGCAGUGUGGUUUGCUUUUUAGUCUUGCUGGUGCAAGAAAAAUAUUUUAUAAAUAUUUCCUCACGGAUUUAUGCUGAGAGUAAGCCUUUGUUACUCCAGCCAGCCCUUAAUGCAUAAAAAUAGUAAAGUCAUGGUGAGUUAUUUAACUAAAAUACAGACACAUCUGUGGAUUAGGAAUAGCCAUAUAGAAAUACCACUUGUAAAGACAUGGGAUGCAUGCAUAUUAACAAAACUAAGUUAAAGUGACAGGAAGUUUCAUCUGUGGGAGGAUUUCUCUCUAGAUUUGAUUUUGAAAAUCCAAAGCAGUGCCUCUGUGAUUACACAACUAUGCCAAGGAGUAAUGUCAGUAAUGCUGGUUCAAUAACAUUAAAGGUGCAUGUUUAUCUUUUUACACUAUCGGGUUAAGCUGAUAGUUAUUAUUAUUAUUAUUAUAAUCUAAACAGUUUUCUUCAUAUGGAUGCUGUGGUCCAUAAAAGAAGGGGUUUUUUUCUUCAAAACUUAAAAAGGAAAUAAUUUUUGUGGCUCAACAGUGAUGUCUGACCACCACAUUAUCACAGUCAAGACAGCACAUAAAGAAAACAUGCAAGUAUAUAUAAUAUGUGUACAGUCCAUUGCCUUUCAAAAUGGACACAGAACUAGUAGAAAUUGGUCCAGAGGGUUGCAGCAGCUGUGCCACAGGAUGUCUUCCACAUGAGGGACACAAAAAAAUUAGAUUCAGUUUCACAAGGAUUUCAUUCACAGAAGAAGAGGGAGACAGGUUUAUAAUAAAACAAGAAUGGUAGAGAAAGGGUGAGCCAGGCUCUCAUGCAUCCCUUAAAACUGAAAUGAGCCUCUGAAAGGAAACAAUGACAGUCUUAAAAACCCCCUGAUUAUAGAUUGGCACAAGAAUACAUUUGCAGCAGUGUCAUUUAUGUCUUUUUUUACUCAGAGCAUAGGGUAAUCUAAAAAUUACCAAAUUUGUGAGAAUUACCCAUUUGUGCAUAUCCUAGCCAGGUUAAAAGCCCUCCUUGACUACUUAAGUGAUUAAAAAACUGCCUGAGAUGAUGCAAUACCUCCUCACUCUUCUAUUUGCUAUUUUACCCCAUCUCCUGCAGAGUUUAGCUCUCAUUCCCACACAGAGUUAGGUGUAACCAGGGAGACCCUUGGGCCCCACUUGCUAUUGGAAUACAACCUUUUCCUGCAAUUCUAUUUCCCUGUAAUAAUCUAACAUUAAGAGGGGAAGGUGAUGGGUUACCUCUUGGUCCAGGCAAGGCAGCAUACCCCUAUGUCUCUUCUGAAGUAAGAGCAGUGCACUGAAAAUAAAGAUUGUUGAUGCCCACACUUAAGCUUGAGAGAAAUGAAUGGAGAGAAUUUUUUUUAACGGUCUCUAAACCAGCCUUAAGUAAUUUUCUCACUCCCUUAACACUUGGUCACUACCCUGAGGACCUGACAGCUGGGUUUCAAAUGUUGCUGUGCCCCAGAGCCCUCUGAGCUGUUCAUCUUCCCCACCACCACCACCCUGGGGAUGCUCUGCACCCAAACAGGCUCGUUGGGCUGGUGGCAGCAAUUGUGGGGCUGUUCAUCAGCAAUUCCCCACUGAACACUGCAAGGGCUGCUCAGGAUUUCCACAGCCACCACAUCCCACCCCCUCUCAAGGUAUUUUACUGCUUUCUGCAGGUUUGGAGUUAUGGAAAGGCCAGGGAAGUAAUGGAACCAAGGGCAGUGUGAGCCCUCUCCUGCUGCUGCUAAAUGAAAUGGGUGCACACCCAUAGCCAACCAAACCAGGAGAAAAAAAGAAUACAGCAAGGUUUAAUGCUAAAACCAAACGUUUUACUUUUUGCACAGCUUGGCUCACUUAAUAAUAUUAAUUCAGAUAGUUUGCCUCCUUGUGCCUGUUCAAAAAUCAUGCAGUUUAUGUCUCUCCAGCAUAGCAGCAAGACUUGUCCCUCAGUAGCUCACUUAGGACCUUACAUUUCACUUGUAUGACCAAAAAUAAAGAAAACCCAAUGAAAAAA